GUCCUCUCCACUGUCCAUACAGCAACCAUGUCGGCCACAGGGAAGGUGGACCACCUGACGGGAGAGAGAAAGAUAAAACCAGAUUGUGUGCUAGACUAUAACCUCAAAAUGGGGGCCGUGGAUAAGGCGGACAUGAUAAACAGCUUUGUGGAAUGCACUCGGAAAACGACCAAGUGGUAUAAGAAGAUAUUUUUCCAGCUGAUCGACACUGCUGUCCUCAACGGCAGCAUAGUUCACCGCCAACUAACAGGUAAAGUAAUUACCUACCAAAAAUACAGAGAGAACCUCAUGAGAGAGCUGUUGGAGGAGCACCACACCCCUCGGCGCCCCUCCACUGGGGGUCGCCCUGCUGUAGACAAUCCCCUACGCCUCACUGCACGGCAUUUUCCCUGCAAAGUCCCUCAAACUGCUGCUCAAGGUAGUCGCACACGGAGGCACUGCAAAGUCUGCCUGUCUGGCGCCAGGAGAAGCUGA